CACAUUUUUCGACACGUGCAAAGAAAAAUAGGAAGCUUUAACAGAAAUUUAACCUCAUUACAACCCUUUCUAAAGCUUUUUAAUAAUGGGGAGGCAUAAGAAUGAAACAGAUAAGCCUAAGAGAGGCCCAGGAAGGAAAUCGAAGAAACAGGCUGAACCAAAAAUGGCAGAAUUGCUUGCUGUAAAUGAGAAAAAAGGGCUUCGUAAAACCAAAAGAUUGAAAAGAAAUGCAAAAGCUGCCAAUAGCUCAGAGAAAGAAAUUAAGGUUGCCCAGUUUUUCAAGGCCAAGAAAGCAAAGCUUGAUAAAAGCUCUGCAAGGAAGAAGACCAAACAGCCUGAAAGUGAAGAAUCAGAUAGCGAAGAAGACGAACUGAAUGAAGAUGAGCCAAGUAGAAUGCUAUUUGGAGAUAGUGAUGAGGAAGAAGAACAGGACGAAGAAGUGAACUUUAACCCAAUAUCUAAAUCCAAACCUUUUAGUGACGAUAAUGCUGAAUGGUUGAAACUAGCAGAAGAAAAUAAUAAUGAAGAUGAAGAUGACGAUUCUGAUGUACCUGAUGAUGACUUUGGUAGUGAAGAUGCCCAAAGUGAUCAAAACGAUUCAAGUGAUGAUGAUGAGGAGAAAGAUGAUGAUGAUGAUGAAGAUGAUGAUAAAUUCAAGGAUGAUGAUGAGGAGAAAGAUGAUGAUGAUGAUGAUGAUGAUAUGCUACCAAUAGAGAAAAAGGCCAAAAAACUUGACAAGAAAAAGGCUAGAGACAUGAAACUGGCAGAAGCAGAACUUAAAACUAAUAUUGCAGAUACAGAAAUAUUUGUAUUACCAAGUGGACAAGAGAUAAAGAAAGAAGUAAAUGAACCUCCAGAUUUGGCAUUAAUUAAUCAAAGAAUCAGAGAAAAUAUCCAAGCUUUGAACAAUUUUAGCAAAGCAAGAGAACCGGGAAGGUCACGUACAGAAUACCUAGAUUUACUCAAAAAAGACUUAUGUGCAUAUUACAGCUAUGGAGAUUAUUUGAUGGAGAAGUUUAUGGAAAUGUUUCAACUCUCAGAGCUCAUAGAGGUGUUGGAAGCUAAUGAAGUCCAAAGGCCUGUAACAAUACGAACUAACUCUUUAAAGACAAGAAGACGGGAUCUAGCCCAGGCAUUAAUAAAUAGAGGUGUUAACUUGGAUCCAAUCGGCAAAUGGUCUAAAGUUGGUCUCGUUGUUUAUGAUUCUACAGUCCCUAUAGGUAUGGAAAUUAUUGUCAAGAUCAUCGUGAUCUUCUUCAGUAUCAUUACUGUCAUCAUCAGCCACCGUCAUCACUAUCAUCAUCAACCAUCACCUUCAUCAUCAUCAUCAUCACCAUCAUCGUCAUCAUCACCAUCAUCAUCAUCACUAUUUUCAGCUGCUCUGAUGAAAAAUUCUGGUCUUGUUGUUGCAAAUGAUGCAAACAAAGCUAGAACAAAAGCCUUAGUUGGUAACAUCCACAGAUUAGGUGUCUCCAAUACCAUAGUGUGUAAUUAUGAUGGCAGAUCUUUUCCAAAGGUUAUUGGCGGUUUUGACCGAGUGCUUCUAGAUGCUCCAUGUAGCGGUACCGGUGUAGUGUCAAAGGAUCCUUCAGUCAAAGUUAACAAGUCAGAGAAAGAUAUCCUGAGAUGCGCGCACAUACAGAAAGAACUUCUUCUAUCGGCCAUCGACUCUGUUGAUGCCAGGUCUUCUACUGGAGGGUUCAUUGUAUACUCUACUUGUUCAGUAAUGGUGGAAGAGAACGAAUGUGUGAUAGAUUAUGCUUUGAGCAAGCGAUACGUCAAGCUAGUACCAACAGGACUGGACUUUGGCAAAGAAGGGUUUUCAAAAUUCCGAGGUCGUCAUUUCCACCAAUCGCUUAAGCACGCUCGUCGCUUUUAUCCUCACGCUCACAAUAUGGAUGGCUUCUUUGUCGUAAAGCUCAAGAAAUUUUCUAACAAAGUACCAGGAGAAGAGCCAAAAGUAAACAUUUCUGAAGUUUCCACGAAUCAGAAGGAAGAAGAAGAAGGAAACGACAAAGAGAGUGAUGAAAAUGAUGAACGAAAGGAAACUGAAAAAUCACCAGAAGCUUCACAACAAAACAACGAGAAGGAUGAGAAACAAACCUCAAAAUCCGUCAAGCCAGCUAAACCAGCUAAACUAGUCAAACCAGAUAAACCAGUCAAACUAGAAAAACUAGAAAAACCAGCCAAAGCAAGUAAAACAGGCAAACUAGAGAAGAAGAAACCCAAAAGGUCGAAAACAUCAAAAUAGAAAUGUAACAUAUUGUUUAUAUAUCCCAGGACGGCAGCCAUUUGACCUGCUACCGCACGGGAAGUCUCUUUUAGGUUCCUUCGCAGCGUGUACAAAACCAAUUUUAUGACUUCCUAUAGAUAUUGAGAUUACAAUAACCGCCUAAUUGCACCUUAAUUUUGAGAAGAAUAGGAAAGAAGAAGCAAAAAGGUAGUAGCCAAGAAAAGAAGUAAGCAAAACGAAGAAAGCAAGAGAGUAGGCAAGGAAAAAGGGAGCCAGGAAGAAAGAAAGAAAGAGCAAGAAAGGAAGGAGCGAUAAAGCGUUUUGCAUAAGUUUUCAAGCUACAGAUACAUUAACAGGUCGAACUUUUUUUGUCCAUUGUCUUGCAGGUGUUCACCCCCCGAAGCUUUCCGUGAAAUUCAUUUCUUUGUAGUACUCAACAAAAAGCGAAUAUAUUUAAAAAAGGCUUUAAAAUAGCUUUUAGCAAAGAGAAUCUAAAGCUAUUGAUAUUUACUUUAUUUUUUACAUCAGUCGUUCGGCUUUCCUUCCUUCCUUUUAUCUUUACGCUUCAGUUUAACCGAGUUGGUUAGAUGGUUGCUUUGUUGGUUCGCUGUUCGGUCGGUCGGUCGGUCGGUCGGUCGGUGUAGUAGGUACGAUUGCAGUUCCAUCUCUUUUUACAUAACCUUUUAUCUCAAUCAUUUCCAAGUCACAAUCGUUGUUCCUUUGCCCUUGUUCUGUUUGUAACACGCCCGUUUGAGUCCUCCUUAUCUUGCAGAAGCAACAGGAAAUGCUCCAAAACACCUGAACGAAUCGAGAGCGAUAUUCACGAGAUAUUGUGCCAUAAACGAAGGGAUUACAACAGGAAUGAAGCAAUAACAACUGAAGAGAAAACUCAAAAAUCAAGCUUGACAUAUCGUAGCUUUCGAAAACGAUCAUGUCUAUCCAAGCUAUUUGAUUCGGUAAUGUAGAAAUAGCGUACAAAAGUACGAUAAUGAGAGAGAUUUUGAUGACUUCCAUGUCUCUCUUUCGCGUCAUUUUGUGCUGGUUAAUUCUGUCACUAUUUAAGCCACACUGAACUUUGUUUCGUUUUAAAUACAAGAUAAUCUUGGUGUAAGAAAUGGCCAUAAUAGUCAAAGGUAUCAUGUACUGCACAACGAAUAAAGAGACUGUGUAGACCUUGUUUAAUAGCUCUGAUGACCAGAUUUCUUCACAACUUAGGCCACCAUUAACAUUUUCCAUCACUAAAGAAACUGGCAUGAGACAAAUAUUUGCCACAACCCACAGUCCUGCCACAGUACAGUAUGUAAACUUGCUUGAGGGCUUGGUUUUGAAAGGAUAAACAAUGGAUCGACAUCGAAAUAUUGCAAUAGUCGUCAUGGUAAGCAAGCUUACCAUUUGGGUACUGGAGAAAAAUAGGCCUUGAAGUUUGCAAAACCAUUUUGAACGUGGAAUGUUGAAGUGAUAUACAAAGAGUAGCAACACGGAUAGGAUGUCAGCUACACUGAGGUUAGCAAUGAGGAUCUCGAAUGGUGUCUUUCGUCGUUCUCUGGUAGCGUAAAUGACCACAAGGACAGCAAGGUUGCCAAUAACAGCAACGACAAAGAUAGUAAUGUCAAUACCAAGUCUCCAUUCUACGUCUCUCCAUUCUAGGUCAUUUGAAUUCGAAUAACUUUGAUUAGAGUUGGAAACUCUUCUUCCCAUGUGGGACAUUUGGCGCCAGUUUCGGCUAUAAUUCUGACUGAUUCCAGUAAUACAGCGGCUUCGUCAAUUUAAAACUGUAUUCUUAGUUUGAUGCCAUUUCGUACCAGAGCCUAAUACAAGCUCUUACCACGAAGUGCGCCAGGUUUAUGGAUUUGAUUAAUAAAUAUCCUUGUGAAGGCA